AUGGCCUCCAUACAUUCUGUGGUGGCUGAGCUUCUACCAGGCCGAUAUGUCGCAGAUGCUCAGCGUAUCCCUUCAAACUAUGUCUCUUCCGAGAGGGAUACGAUGGUGUCCCUGUUGGCAGCUCGCGAGCCAAACUCCCAAGAGGAUUUAAGGAUGAUGCAGAUCCUUCUAUACAACGAUGACGAGCCCGAUGAAAGCUACUGGUUUUACCAGGAAGGCUUCCUCCAUCCAGUUCAACUGGGAGAUCAGCUUUCUCAUGGCAGGUACACCAUCAUCAAUAAACUAGGGAACGGAUCAUUCUCGACCGUAUGGCUUGCGCACGACGAAACCCUGGGUCGAAAGGUUGCUAUUAAGAUCGCGUGUGCAGAGACCGAACGCGAACCCGAUGACUUUCCUUCCGACGAGCAGGCGAUCCUUCAACGACUGCAAGGCGACCCUUCGCCACACCCUGGCGCAGAAGUCAUUCACCCCUGCCUGGACACUUUCACGAUGCAAGGUGCAGAGCUAUCGGAGCGCAGUGUUCGAGACCUCUACGCUAGCUUCGGCUUGCCGCAACAAUAUCCAGUAGACAUUUGCAAGAAGGUCAGCGACUUCGACGAACCAAUCCCUGAAAAUGCUCCACCUUACGUUGUUGGCAAGAUGUACUUCAACGACAAACAUGCCCAUAAAUUGCGUCUUUCUGAUGCAAAGCUUCGGAUUAGCGACUUCGGUGAAUCAUGGAGACCCGCUGAGCAUGAUAGGUACGAACUCAAUAUACCAGAGCAAUCUCGCGCUCCUGAGGCAUUGGUUGCGGAGAAGCUUCGCAAACCUAUUGGGUUUCCUGCUGAUGUGUGGGCUUUGGGCUGCGUUACCGUGGAGCUAUAUGCGCGUUACAGCGUCUUCCAAACCUAUUUUCCUGGAUUCGAAGAGGUCUGGGCCGAGAUGGUCCAUGUUCUUGGCAAGCCCCCACAGACAUGGUUGGAUGCGUCGAAGGCGGACAUCGACUCCGGUAACAACGACAACGGCUCGAACCCCGACAACGAGACGCCUCGACACAGAGACCCUACCACUCUUUCGGACCACAUUAUGCAGCUCAUAGACAAGGAUAGAUCCGAGAAGCUGGUUGGAAUUUGGGAAGACGGGGAUGAAGAUGAGAAAGUCCCCCCUGGAGAGUUGCGAGAUCUGCUGUUGAUGCUGGAGCAAAUUUUCUGCUGGCUUCCAGAAGACAGAAUUAAAGCAGAAGAUCUUAUGAAAGGAGAUUGGAUGAAGAAUUGGGGGCUCACAGCGAUUGAGGCGAUGGAAAAAGCCUACGAAGAAAAGUCGCAAGUCACGAAGCAGACUUCCGCCAGUUCCGGCUCCGGUUCAGAAAGCAACACCAUACACCAUGGCAAGACGGAUCGCCCAGUAACUGAGACAAGGCAUGGAGCCAUUCGUGGACUGUUCAAGACAGCUAGAUGGGGGCUGGGAACGGGCGUUUGGUCGUGGCUUGAGCGAGCGCUUGGGAUUUGA